AGGGAGCUGCUCAACAUUUGCAUGGAUGCCAAACACCACAAGAAGAAACCAGGUCCCGAAAAUAAGCUCCAUGAACAGCCCCUGGAAGGAUAAUGCCUGCUGUACUGCCAACACGAGCUGGGAAGUUCACAUGGAUGUGUCUCCUCUAUACAACUUCAACUUCAGGCAUUGUGGCGUGAUGACCCCCAGCUGCAGGAUGCACUUUAUCCAAAAUGCCUGCCUCUCUGAGUGCUCCCCAAACCUGGGGCCCUGGAUCCAGAAGGUGAGCUCUAGCUGGCAGAAGGAGCGUGUCCUGAACGUGCCUCUCUGCUGGGAAGAUUGUGAAGAAUGGUGGGAAGACUGCCGCACCUCUUAUACCUGCAAGUCUGACUGGCACAGAGGCUGGACCUGGAGAGCAGGUAAGAACCACUGUCCUCCCAGGGCCCUCUGUCGUCCGUUCCCUCACUAUUUCCCAUCUCCAGCUGACCUCUGUGAGAAGAUCUGGAGCAACUCUUACAAAGCCACCAAAGAGCGACGGGGCAGUGGACGUUGCAUCCAGAUGUGGUUUGACCCUGCCCAAGGCAACCCCAAUGUGGCCGUAGCCCACCUUUAUGCAAGCCAUGCCAUUUCCCAGCAGUUCUCCCGCAUUGCGUUCUUAGCUCCCCUCCUACUACUUGCUCUCUAAGAGGACCUAACACUUAUACACAAAUUCAUCUCAACUAUCAGCUGACCUUUCUUCUUGGCUCCUGGACAAAAGAACCUGGGACUUUCCUCCCUCUGGGGCUCCUUAAGUUGGAAAGAGGUUGCUCUUCUGCCUCCCUUUUAUGCAUAUGUCUGUGGGGAGAUCAGUUUUAGAAGAGACCCUUUCAGUGUUUCGCUUUAUUUGAUCCCCCUUCUGACUUUUGGACUGCCUUGUAACAUAAGUGGCCUCCUCAGAUCAACUCUGCUCCCUUGAGAGGGAGAUGGGCUAGGGGGCUAGGUCUGGCACUUAACCUCCCAAGGAACCUAAGAAGGAACACAGGACCUGGGUUCUGACUACUUUUCUUUGUUCCGCAGCAAAGUCAAGGUCAGCCAGGCCUGGAUUUCCUCACUUUGUUGGUCACCUUAAUAAAAA